CUGUACUUCCGGUUGUUGCGACCAUUUAAUCCUUUGGCUCGGCGCUUCGUGCCACAGCUUCCUGUUUAUUGUCGCUGUCGGCCGGUCAUUUUCACGGUCAGCGGCCGUCAAUCGGACCCAUUAACGGUGUUCUGCCGAGCAGAACCUCGGUGCUCCCCUCACUUGCCUCCUUGGCCCGGGUGCAGCUGGGCAGAACCUUUCAGGAUGGAGGAGCCGGGCUCAGAGCUGAUUGUGUCAGAACCAGACGCUCUGGGUGCAGACUUCAUCACCGUGGAGCUCGACACUCAGCCCAUCGAGUAUGUGGUGAAGUGGGCCGAAGUAGGCUCCAAGUUCACCAUCUCCUGCGUGAAGAAGGAGAUGGAGGACCAGGAAGACCUGACCUCAGACCAGCUGAAGAUAGAGGCGGACGAGGCCUUCUUCGCCCCCUACGAGGAGGUGUACCCCUGCGAGGUGACGGAGCAGAGUGUGGAGAUUAAAACAGACUCUGACGAAGAGGAGGAGGACGCCGAGGAGGAGCAGGAGGUUCUGGUGGAGGCGGGCAGCAGCCAGCUGGACUGUGAGGUGGAUUAUGAUCCUGACGACUACGAGCCUGAGGAGCGUCAGUUCCGCUGCACUUACUGCGGGAAGUCCUACAGCCACGCCUCCAGCCUGUACCGCCACCAUCAGACGCACAGCGGGAAGAGCCACGCCCCCCUCGCCAAGAGGACGCUGGAGCCCACCCAUCAGGACGCUCGCUACAUCUGCCCUCACUGUGGCCUGAGCUUCAAAGGCAGCAGGAUGCUGGGGAGCCACCUGAGGCUGCAUGGGAAGCGGCGCAUCCACCCGUGCAACAUCUGUGGGAAGGAGUUCAACCACAGCUCCAGCCUGUCCCGCCAUCGCCUCAUCCACAAGAAGGGACAAGGCAUGCCCAAAGAGGCCAGCCUGGGCUCCAACAUGGCUGCCCUGCGCCACACGCUGAAGAUGGGCAGCAAGAACAAGAAGAGCAAGAGGCAGCAGCAGCAUCAGAAGCACGUGGCCACCGCCAUCAUCCAGAGCAGUGAUAAGUUCUACGCCUGCCCGCAGUGCGACAUGAGCUUCAGGACGUCCACGCAGCUGUCCAAACACCAGGUGAGCCACGUCAAGGAGCUGCUGGACAGCUACACGCCAGGCAAGGAGAACCUGGGCGAGACCUCCUCCGACCUGAAGAUCCGCCUCAAGCUCUGCUCUGGUGACAAGCCCAACUUCUACACCCUGUGCAAGAAGAACCGCCGCCGCCGCGGAGGCCGCCUCGGCAAGCGUGGCCCCGCCUCCUCCGAGGACGACACCGAGGGCGGAGCGGAAGCCGGGCCCCACGUCUGCAGCCAGUGUGGGAAAGAGUUCAGCCACGCCUCCAGCCUGGCCCGGCACCAGCAGACUCACCGGGAGUCGGACGGCGCCGGCCACAUCCAGACGGCCUUCUCCCCCUGCAAGAGCAAGACGUACACGUGUGCAGCCUGCAACAAGACCUUCAUGCACUCCUCCAGCUUCUCACGCCACAAGAAGGCCCACCUGGAGAACGAGCUGCGGGCCCGCACCACCACGCUGCAGAACCGACCCGAGGUGGAUGAGACCGCUCCGCUCGAGUCCGACUCUGAGUGAGGCCGCCCAGCUCCGAACUGGGCUUAACUGGUCCUGGACCUGUUCUGGGUUGGUUCUGGAUCAGCGUGGACUGAUGUGAGCAGUUCUGCAGAGGUUCACAUCAGAACUGUUCUGGACUUGUUGGGAGUUCUGGUUGUCAGGUUUCAGGACCUGGUUGGUUCCUCUGGGGGGUCCACAUAUGGUCAGAAGUGACCACCUGCUUUCUGCUCCUAAUUAAAAAUAGUAGAUUUAAAGUUUAACCAUCUGUUUAAGCCCCGCCCCCUGCUUGUUUAAGCCCCGCCCCCUGCUGCCACACUUUCAGCUGUCAAUAUGUUCACUCACAUUCUGACCUCAGAUUGCAAAGCAUCAUGGGAAACAGUCCCAACAUUACGAACACCUGCACUUCCUGUUCUGAUUAAUAAUAACUGAUUCAGAGAUCAGCUGUUCAAAGAUAAACAACAAGCAGACAAAGGUUUGAUUGAUCAUCAGCUGGUUGUUGAUUGGAAACUGAACAACAAACUGUUUAUUGAUCAACAAUAACAUCUGGAGACAAAUCAAAACAUCUGAUAACUGAUCACUGGCUUCCAGUUCUGAUCAGUGCUCCUGCUGCACAUCAGCAGCCUGGUGGAGGCUUCUGAUUGGCUGAAACUCAACGUUCUGAUUGGCUGAAACGCAGCGUUCUGAUUGGCUGAAGAUGUAAAGCUGGAGCAGAAGAGUUGGCAGCCAUAUUUAAAUCCUGUGCCAUCACCCUGCUGCACUUCCUGUUCCGUCACAAAACUGCACCUAUUUAUAAAUUUGAAGAGUUUGUAGAAAAUGACUAAUUUAAAUGGCAGAAAAGGGGGUUGUUACCAUGGUAACAGCAGACAGGAAGUGACAAGCAGCCGUUCAGAGUGUCAGUGCUGGUAGAAGAGUCACCUGACAGACACGUGGAGGUGAACGCAGACAGACUUGAAGCCCCGCCCCUUCUCUCUGUUUCCUGCUUGUUGGCACUUUGUUUUAAUGGUGUGAUGAUUUUAAGUUAAUGGUGAUUUAUUUAUAAAAGUGUUGUAGGCGUGUGAGCCUCUGCCCCACCUGCACACCUGGACACCUGUAGAUGACUGAGCACUUGGUGGACCCCCACACCCCCCGCGCUCCAUGUUUCAGUUUGUGUUCCUGAAAGGUGCCGUUCUGUCACUGCGCAGCAUUUAGCUCCAUGUUGUGUUGCUUUGUUCUGGUUCUGGUUCUGGUUCUGGUUCCAGGUGGAGCCAAGCUUCUGGCCACAGAUUGAAGGUUUGUCAUUGUGUCGUGUUUGCUGAUAGAAAAACCCAGUUAGUUGUUUUGUCUUUUGUUUUGUAAUAAACAGUAAACAAAG